AUGGCUUUUAAUCUUGAGAGCUUCAUGCUAAUUUUCCAACUCACCUUUUAUUUCAUCCUUCUUCUGUCCCUCAAUUUGUAUAUUCCAAAGUCUGUCACAGCAACCAAACUUGGAAAUGAGACUGAUAAGCUAGCAUUGCUCGACUUCAAGUCCAAAAUAAGUGAUGAUCCUUUUGGAGUUUUGGCCUCGUGGAAUAAAUCCUUCCCAUUCUGCCAGUGGGUGGGAGUUACAUGUGGCCUCAAACACCAAAGAGUCGUCAGCUUGCACCUACAUAAUCAGAAGUUGGUUGGAACCAUAUCACCCCACGUUGGAAAUCUUUCUUUCCUCCGAUCCUUCAACUUGGCAAUCAACUCAUUUCAUAAUGAAAUCCCAUCAGAAGUGGGUUGUUUGUUCAGGCUUCGAGAGUUCAACCUGAGCAAUAAUCUUCUACAAGGAGAAAUUCCUGUCAGUCUGUCGCGUUGUACCAAACUCAUAAAUCUCCAGCUAGGUUACAACCUUCUCAAAGGUCGAGUUCCUUUCGAGCUUGGGACUGACAUUGGCUUAGUGCUUCCAAACCUCCAAAUACUUGUUUUGACACAUUGUCAAUUCAGUGGACCCAUUCCAGCUUCAUUGUCCAAUGCUUCAGAUUCUCUUCUUCUUGGUUUCGGUGAGAACAAUCCAAUGCUUCAGAUUCUCUUCUUCUUGAUCCUCUCCUUUUAUGGCAAUCGUCUUCGUGGUGACUCGGAUUUUCUCACGUCAUUGACCAAUUGCAGCAAGCUAAGAAUACUGGACAUCAGCUUGAACCAGUUUGGAGGUAUUUUGCCUACCUCCAUUGUGAAUCUGUCAUCACAACUGACAUGGCUAAUGCUUGGAGGCAAUAAUUUUGGUGGAAACAUUCCUCCAGAGAUCUCAAAUCUCUUUAACUUGAAUGUUCUUGUAAUGUCUACUAACUUAUUAUGGGGUAAUAUUCCAGCUUCAAUUGGAAAGCUUUCAAAGCUACACGGUCUAUAUUUGGCUGUGAACCAAUUGACAGGAGAGAUACCCUUUUCCCUCGGCAACCUCACUCAGUUGUUGACUCUAAAUUUGAGAUUAAACAAUUUUUCAGGAAGCAUACCUUCAAGGACGUGCAAAAUCGGUAACCUUCAAAGUACGGUUGAAAUUUAUGUUUCAAACAACAAACUAUCCAGUGAGAUUCCUAGCACACUAGGGCGUCUAUUUGCCUUGCAACGACUUCAUAUGCAUGGAAACUUAUUCGAAGGAUCUAUUCCUCCAUUGAAUGGAUUAAAGGGUCUUCGAUAUCUGGAUCUUUCGCGCAACAACUUGUCAGCUCGAUUUCCACAAUAUUUGGAGACUUUUUCCUCCUUAAUAUAUGUUAACCUUUCGUUCAACAAUCUUGAUGGAGAGGUGCCCAGUCAAGGAAUAUUCCAAAAUGCAACAGCAGUUAAGCUACAGGGCAAUAUUAACCUUUGUGAAGGGAUCCCAGACCUGCACCUAAAACCAUGCCUUGUUCAGAAACACAAAAAAGGGUCAUACCUAAAAUUGAUUUUACUUAUUGUCAUUCCUUUUUUAUUUCUAGCUCUGGCAAUGGUUUUUCUGUCAGUACAACUGAUAAGAAAAAUGAAGAUGAAACGUCCUUCCUUAACUUCUGUCGGACAAUUUCAUCCCAAAAUAUCUUACCAGGAACUCCUCAAUGCCACAGGAGGGUUUUCGUCAGGCAAUUUGAUAGGCUCAGGUAGUUUUGGAGUGGUAUAUACGGGAACUCUAUGUCCAGAGGGAACAAAUGUUGCAGUGAAGGUACUCAAACUCAGCCAAUGCAGAGCUUCCAAGAGUUUUAUGGUCGAAUGUCGAGCCCUAAGCAACAUUAGACAUCGAAAUCUUGUCAGGAUCAUAACUGCUUGCUCAAGCAUUGAUUUUGGGCGCAAUGAUUUCAAUGCACUAGUAUACGAGUUCAUGCCAAAUGGGAGCCUGGAACACUGGCUUCAUCCGGAAAAUGGUCACACACAAUUGAGAAAUUUGGAUCUUCUCCAGAGAAUAAAAAUCGCGAUAGAUGUGGCUUCCGCAUUGCAUUAUCUUCAUAAAAAAUGCGAAGCACGAGUCAUUCAUUGUGAUGUAAAGCCAAGCAAUGUUCUACUUGACAAUGACUUUACUGCUCACCUAAGUGAUUUUGGUUUGGCCAGGCUCCUUUCAAAAUCGGGCAUAGAAGCUGUUUUGAGUCAAUUUAACUCUGUUGGUGUUAUGGGAACCACCGGAUAUACAGCUCCAGAGUAUGGGAUGGGUGCUCGGAUGUCAACUCAUGGAGAUGUGUACUGUUAUGGGAUUCUCUUGUUGGAGAUGUUCACAGGAAAAAGACCAACUGACAAAUCAUUCAGUGAUGAUUUAAACCUUCAUAAUUCAGUUAAGAUGGCAUUGCCGGUGUUGGUAACAGAGGUGGUGGACCAAUUUUUACUAACAGAAGGGAUGCAAGAAGCUCAAAGCAGCAUUGGAAGUUCCAGUAACCAUAGAAAUGAAUGCAUUGAAUGCUUAACAUCUAUACUGGAAAUUGGAAUUGCAUGUUCUGCAGAAUCCCCAAGCGACAGAAUGGACAUCAAAGAUGUUGAGUAUCGUCUACUUUCAAUUAGAGGCAAAUUCAUUGGACCAAGAAGGCAUCAUUAA